AUGGAGAUGGACAAGCCCCCACAGUUGGUGACUCCAGCAUCAGUGAAAGCCAUCAUCUCGAGAAUUGAGGCCGCCCAGCUAACUCGGGCUCAGGAGGAUAUUUCUUCCCAGCUCACUGACAUCCUGGACAAUGUCAAUUGUGUCAUCAACCGCUUCCAGGAAGAAUUGGGAUAUGACUUAAAAGAAAAAGCAAAAUCUCACCAGAUGGAGCAAAAGGGCAAAACGAGAUUCACCUUGCUGGAGAAAAUUGCCUCCUUCUCCAAAGAUGCUAAGACUAAAGAGAAGCACUUAUACGAAAUUCUCCACUGGCUGGGUGACUGGGGUGACAGUCUGACCUAUGAGAUCAACAACAGGCACAGUGAGAAGGAAGAGGAAGGCCUGGACGAAUGGAUUGAGGUGAUGGAAAAAUUGUUACCUCUCUCCCUCAUCAGCACCAAAGGAGGCAUCGAGUCUCUCAUUUCCCUUUGCUCCACUCUCAUUGAAGGACAAAAGAAAAGGGCACAAAUGUCCAAGCACACAUUGUGGCAAAGCUGGCGAGAACAAAACCUACAAAAAUCGACAUCCUGCCCUCAGCCACUGAGCCCAGAACAGAUGCUCCAGGACAAGAAUGCUACCUGUGCGAGGGUUUCUGAGGUGCGGUCCAUGCUGCAGGAACUUCUGGACUCCACCAUGUUCAACCAGGAAGAAGUCAGGGCCAUCAGGUACAUGUCUGCUGUGGUGGAGAACCUCAACAAGGCCUUGAUCCUCCAGCACAAUGAGAACAGGAGCCUGCAAACCAAACAGCGGCAACUGAAAAUAGAUAUGACCAAAGAACUCAGUAGCCAGAGGGUGUACUUCCAGCACUCCCUCCAAGCCCUUGAGAAAAAGAGGGAUGCCCUAACAAGACAGGUAGAAACCCUAGGGAAAAAGAACCACGACCUUCUCCUGAUAAAGCAUGCCUUAGAGCUUCAGCUAAAGAAGCCUCAGUCUGCGAGAGGUGAAGCUGACACUCUGGGCCCACUUGAGAAAGAGGCUCUCCCAGAGAAAGAAUUGGCCAUGGAGGAAGGCCAACAGGAAGCCAAGAAGGAGGAGCAGUUAUUUUCACCACUUUCCCCAGAUUCCACCAUCACUACGCAUUCAAGGGUCACAGAUGUAUACAGCAGCAGAGACCCUGAAAGCCUUCAGCUUGUGUUGCCAUCCUCAGUGGAUCACAAGUUUCCUAACAAAUGGGAAAUAAUGUUUGCAAAGAGCCCAGGCCAUAAAGUCAAAGACCAGAAGGACUUCAUCCAGGAAGCAGCCCAGGAGAAAGAAGAACUCCAAAUUAAGUCCCAGGUUAGGGAGCAGCUGUCUCCAGAGAGCAAGGGGGAGCACUGGGAAGAGGAACUCAGCUGGGAGAGGCGGAGGCAGCAGUGGCUGGAGCAGGAGGAGCUAUGGCUGCAGCGGCAGCAGAAGUGGGCCCUGCUGGAGCAGGAGCAUGAGGAGAAGCUGAGGCAGUGGGCGGUGCAGGAAGCGGCGAAGGAACAGCAGGAGAGACUGGUCCAACAGAAAAAGGAGGGAGGGGGCUCUCGGAGAGAGCUGGAGCAGCCAGGCAAGGACGAGGAGAUGAUCUUCGUGACCACCAAUCGAUGGAGAGACUUGGAAAAGGCAUCACCAUCCCCUCCCCCAAGCCGAACCCAAUCUGCUGGCCAACGUAGGAGGCCACACUUGCCCAGGACCCCUAAUACCCAGAAGUCUGCACUAGGAAAUCAAAGGAUCAAGAGUUCACCCGAGUUUACUCUGAAACCAUGGACCCAACGGGUUCCCACGAAGACUAAGAAAUCAGCUUCUGUUCCUAGCACAGGGGCAUCCGUCCGAAAGGUGACCCAGUCCUCUUUGCAUAUAUCCUCCGUAACUCUAAACAGGAAGGAAUACCACAUGGAUAUGGAGGCCCAGAGGGAAAACCUGCAGCUCCUGCGGGAGAUUGCUAAGCAGGGGCUGCCCAACUACCUGCACAGCAAGGCCCUGAAUCUUACCACUACCAGCAUGGAACUGACCAAACUUAGGCUGCAGAGCCUGUGCCAUAAAUACAUCAUCUACAGAUGCUUCCAGAGCCUCCGACAAGAAGUGAUCAACCACAUCCAAACCAUGCGGGAAACCAAGGCUACCUACAAGGCCCAGAGUCUCUACGUCUUCCUGGAGAACAUCGACCACCUGCAGGACCUGCGCCUGAAGGCCUGGACGGACAAGCAGAAGGACCUGGAGGACAAGCGUCGAGACUGCCUGAGCAGCAUGGCAACCAUGUUCCCCAAGAUCAAGCAGGAGUGGAACAUUCAUCUGCACACCCCUGUGGUCACCUCCCCAAAGUCAAGGAAAAGCAAGCCACCCCCCUCCUUACUCCGGCGUGUCCACUCUAGCAGCCCCCCCAGGAAGCAGCCCCCAGAGCAUCUUCCAUCCAAGCACCAGAAACGGGUGCCUCUGCAGACGGCCCGCCCACGGAGGAACCAGAUGGAGACUGUUUGGAAGACUGAUGUGGCCUCCUCCAGCCACCCAAUAGAGAGGUGCCCAGAUGUUCCCCGGCUAUUGGCAUUGGAUGUGCAUUCCUCCUUCCAUAAAAGCUUGACGUCCCUCAAGGCCCGGUACGGGGCAAGGCUGGGUGGUUAA